AAUAUUUUUCUUCCUUCUUUGUCUUGCCACAGUAAUUUGCCUAAGAAGGAUAGAGAAAACCGCGAUCUACUAGAAGCUGCGAAUGACAGAUACAGAAACGUCGCGAAGCGAAGAAGAAAGAACUUGCUUCCAUUGCAUUUGAUAAAAAGUGUAAACAUUAGUGCAUUUAUCGUUGCAAUAAGAAAUUAAUGGCAUAAAAUAGUGAGUGAUAGUGCUAUAAACAUGGAUAUCAUAUCGUCAGGGGAUUUUAAUCUCAUCAAUCUUCCUGUGGUGGUGUUAGAAAAAAUAUUUUCAUACCUUACGUAUGAUGAUAUCGCAAAGAAUAGAUUGGUAUCGCAGACCUUCAACGAGAUGGGCAUGCGGUUACUAAACCGUGGCUUCGUGCUCAUCGAGCGACGUCAUGCGCUCGCGCUCAAGGCGGUGAAAGCACAACUGCCUCGCAGGGAGUCCGAACGCAGAUACCACCCGCUAGCCCGGCACAGCGACAUUCUGACUUCCUUAGAAACUCGCAUAUCGAUGCUCAACAUGACAUACACAAAGUUCAUAGACAACGGCAUCUGCUGCUUCAUACCGGGCAAGGUGAUAGACGAAAUGCGCCGCGUUCUCUCCAUAGUGGAAACGACCAAAACGCCGCCGCGAGCGCACGAAGUAUUGCAAGAGUUGCGCGACAUAUCCAGCAUGGCCAUAGAGCAUUUCGAUGACAAGAUAUCGCCAGCCUUUAGGAAAAUGCUGCAGGAAUCAGUACCGCAACCAGUGGCCAAGCCUUCGCAUUCAGCAGUGUUGGGUCCGCUGGUGCUCCGCAAUGAAAUCAUAGCGCUGCGCAAGCGAUCCGUCCUCAACGCAAAGCUGUCUCUCUACCUCGCGGCACACUACAACAAGGUGUUUAAGAAGAUGGAGGAAUACAAGAAAGUAGCGGUGAGGCAGCGCAAGGUCAUCAGGUAUCUCACGAGGAAGAGCCGGGACCACGAGGGGGCCAUCGCUGAGCUAAAAAAGCGGAUUGAAGAAUGUGAUAUAAAGUACAGUGAGCUCACUCAUACGAAUCAAGCAGUGGGAGGGAAAGCUAUCGCUGGCACAUCGGCAGACGUCGCAUCAACAUCGGCGCAGCCGCUGCGGCACUUCGGCAGCCAGAUCAAGCUGGACCUCUCCGUCCUGCCCAUCGGGACUUCCAAACGGAGUCAGGCCAAAAUGUUGCCAAACAUCAAACCGCGUAAGCCUCUCAUCAAACUGCCGAGCCUAUCCGAAGAGGAUUCCGAACCGCCCCCGAAGAAAUCCAAAAUGGACGACAAUCCAGACCCACCAACAUCCAUUAACAAAAAAAACCAGUGCACAAUGGCCAAAAUACGGGGCAUCACAAAAGAAAUACGGAAUUUAAGUAACCUCAACAUUGAAACGAAGUUGAAACGUCCAGUUAGUUUAACUGCGUUGGAUUUGUUUGAGAUUGAGUGCAAGAAACAGAAGCUGGAUUAGUUUUAAAACCCAUUUUCAUGUAUUAGUCCAGUCAAUAAAGCAAUAUAGAUGGAAAUCCGUGGAACACAAUUUCUGACUUCGGGACUUUAUUUAGAUUAGUUAGGAGGUGAACAUAGCAAAAGUCCCCGCCCUUAGCCCUUGAGCCGGCGGGGAGAGGGGGGGUUAAAGGUGCCACUUUUCGGUUUUUCGCUUAAUCCUCGGAAACUGUGCGUCCUAGUGACAUGACUACUAUGAACCAACUCACGAGAUAAACAAAGAUAAAGAUAAACAUCAGCUUCAAAUUUCAUUAAUAUACCUCAAACGGUUCUUUAGGCCAUCACCUCCUAACUAGUCUAAAUAAAGUCCCGAGGUCAGAAAUUGUGUUCCACGGAUUUCUCUCUACACCGUCGUUAAGGCAUUCAUUGACUGGACUAUAUGGCAUCGUACACUUUUAUGAAAAGUGUGUAACAAAGUCGGUAUAAAAAAGGAAAUACGGAAUUUGAGUAAUCUACAGUGAAACGAAAAUGAAACACCCAUUAAGGCCCAGAACGGACGGUGAAACGCAACUGCAACGAAACUGCAACUGUGAUGAUUCUGAUGAAUGAAACUGAAACUGAAAGUUUCAAACUGGUCGCGUCAUGUGUGGUCUCUCAACGGACGCGAUGGCAGAAACUUAGAUGCGACUCAAAAGUAACUAGCAGUUGCAGUUUCGUUGCAGUUGCGUUUCACCGUCUGUUCUGGGCCUAUGUUUAACUGCGUUGGAUUUGUUUGAAAUUGAGUGCAAGAAACAAAAGCUAGUUUUUAAAUAUCUACUACUGCUUUUACAAAUGUAUGGCAUCAUACACUUUUGUGACAAGUCUGGAAGUAAUUUCUACUAAAAAAUAAUAAACUUAUUGGUUAUUUGUUAUUGGUAAAUUAAUUAUAAUUGGUUAGUUGACACCAAUAAUUCCAACAAACAACAUAAAUGAACAUCUGGAAUUGUAUGGGACUUUGUGUAUGGUGAUUACUAUUACAACAAAUAAUGGGUAAAAUGCCAUAAAGUUGAGUUACGAUACAGUAUCGGGUGGUAUUGGAUGAGAUUGUAAUACAGGGUGAAAACGAUAAGUGAUCUCACUCGAUUAUUUCUAAACUGUACAAGAUAUCGAAAAACUGGUUACUGAUCCUGAAAGUGCUUCACGAGGUCUUUCAAACGGUUACAGAAUAAACGGAAUCUAUCCGACAAUUCAAUGUUUCCAGCUUACAUAAUAAGGUAUAAAUAGUUUUUCGAUAUCUUGUAUAGUUUAGAAAUAAUCGAGUGAGAUCACUUAUCGUUUCCACCCUGUAUAUCUUGUUUUUAUAUAAAUACUCGUAUUUAUACACAACCAGGGAAAAAUAUUGCUUUUAUAAAUCGUUUGACCCCCAAUGUUAUAAAAGUUAGUUUGUGAUGCAACUUAUAUUAUGCUAAAAAAUAUAAAUACACUCAGCGUUAAAUAAAUCGCACCUCCCGCGACAAACACUCAAACGUAUGCAUCCCCACUUCCCACCAAUAUUGGCACCAUUUAAAAGCCUAGUUCUAAACUUCAUUUCAUUAAAGGAAAGGUUUUUACCUCAAAAAUGUGUCUUUAGAAGGAUCC